CUUUGCUGAGCAGUUCUUGGAGAGCAGCCCUAGCCAAAGAACCUCGAAUCUUCAGUCUUUCUGAGACAACUGCUGGUGUGAUGAGCUUGUAAUUGGGUACUUCUUUACACAGCUUGUCAUAGGUGGCCUUGUCAAACAGGACGAGAUUGUUCAACUUGUCUCUCACUUUCCCCUUGGACCACUUCUUCUUCUUGGCCUUGCCGCCGGACUUGUUGACAGGGUCCUUGUCCUUCUUGGCGGACUUGCCCGCGUCCUUCUUCUUCUUGUCGUCCUUGGGCGGCCGGCUGCGGCUGCGGCUGCUGCUGCUCCCAAGAUGGCGGCGGCGAAAGGAAGCGGCGGGCGCGAGGCGGCCGCGAGGCCCCGGCGGGGCGGGCGGGGCGAGGCGGGCGUCACUUCCGCGGGCGGCGCCAUGGCGAUCUUCAGCGUGUACGUGGUGAACAAGGCGGGUGGCCUCAUCUACCAGCUGGACCACUACGUGCCGCGCAGCGACACCGAGAAGACCUUCAGCUUCCCGCUCGACCUCGUCCUGCGCCCGCGCGACGAGCGCGUCGUCGUCGCCUUCGGGCAGCGCGACGGCAUCCGCGUGGGCCACGCCGUGCUCGCCAUCAACGGCGCCGAGGUCAGCGGGCGCUGCACGGCCGACGGCAAGGACGUGCUGGAGUUCCUGAGCAACCCCGCCAACUACCCGGUGUCCAUCCGCUUCGGCCGCCACCGCCUCUCCUCCAACGAGAAGCUGAUGCUGGCCUCCAUGUUCCACUCGCUGUUCGCCAUCGGGUCGCAGCUCUCCCCCGAGGUGGGCAGCUCCGGCAUCGAGAUGCUGGAGACCGACACCUUCAAGCUGCACUGCUUCCAGACGCUGACAGGGAUCAAAUUCGUAGUGCUCGCUGACCCCAGGCAAGCUGGGAUAGACUCCCUUCUUCGCAAGAUCUAUGAGAUUUACUCCGACUUCGCUCUGAAGAAUCCUUUCUACUCCCUGGAGAUGCCAAUCAGAUGUGAAUUGUUUGAUCAGAACUUGAAGCUUGCUUUGGAGGUAGCAGAGAAAGCUGGAUCGUUUGGACCUGGAUCAUAGAAAACAUGUUGCUUGUUGCCCAGAUUCCUUUCUCUAAAGAGCGGGGCCUUCUUCCCUGGCAAACCUCUCCUAGAUCUUCCUCUUCCACAGCAGAGACCACAUAUUCCCAAACAGGCUUUGUAUCUGCCAAGAUAAUGUUCUGGCCCAUUCACAAAAUUUACCUUAAACAAUUUAUUACUACUGUUUACUUCCGGGCCACAGAAUCUUCUUCUGUUGCAGCUCCACUACCCUUGAGUAUGAAAGGUAUGGUAUAGGCUCUGUGGCCCUACUGCAGUCAAUUGUUCCCUUUCCUUUCAUAAUUGUAUAUAUGUAUUUUUCCUGUAUAGCUCUAACUUAUGAUUUUACUAAGGGUUUCUGUGUAGAAGUAAUAAACAUUCCUUAGAGA